AUGGUAGAGAUCCACGAGCUCAAUAUGGAAGGCGAGCAGUUCAGAGGCGCCAAGACCGCUCACCUUCCAGAACAACGACAGAUCAAUUACGAAGUGCGACUGAAAAACAACCCGAAAUACGAGGUGGCGGAAGUGGAAGAGAGUCUGCGCAGUAUCUUCGAAUUGUUCGACGACGGAAUCAAAAGCUUGAUUCCCAAACAGGACAAGGACAAGAUCGUGCAGGCGAUUAGCGAGAUUAUGGACGAAAUAGAAACGAAAGAGCUGAUGGAGGCGAUGAACGUCGUGGAAGAGUGCGUGGCGGAGGUGAUCAUCUGCGAAGAAAGCCUCAAGUAUAGUGCGCUACCAAACGCGGUUCUUGGCAAGUUCUAUUUGUUCAACAUGGACAAAGCCGAGGGGGAAGAAGAGCACAUCGACGAGGAAGGAGACGGGGAAAUCGCCGCCUGCCAAACGUGGAUGUUGCCAAACAAGGCCUUUUACGGACUGUGGGAGUCGCUGCACUACUCCUCCUCGCUCAAGAGCGAUCUCAUCCAAUACGCGGAAACAUCCUUUCGGCUCUCGCAGCUCGGAGUCAGCAACACGCUCAUCAGCUGGAACAAAGUGAUCCUCUUCCAUGGCCCUCCGGGCACUGGAAAGACUUCAAUCGCUCAGGCAUUUGCUCAAAAAUUAGCGAUUCGACAAAUAGGCGGAUAUCAAAACACGGCACUUGUGGAGAUCAACUCGCAUUCUCUCUUCUCGAAGUGGUUUUCAGAGUCAGGCAAACUCGUUCAGAAGAUGUUUGCUAAAAUAAGAGAUUACGCUGAUGACCAGUCGGUUAUGACGAUCAUCCUCAUUGACGAAGUUGAGAGCUUGACUUCCGCCAGAUCUGGGUCCGCAAACGAGCCAGCCGACGCCGUAAGAGUAGUCAACGCCGUUCUCACGCAGCUUGAUUCGUUGAAAAAGUACCCGAACGUGCUCGUUGUUUGCACUUCGAACAUCACUGGCAAAAUUGAUCUGGCAUUCAUCGAUCGCGCCGACAUGAAGAUUUUCGUUGGACCACCAGAGCCGAAAGCCAUCUACACGAUCCUAGAGUCUUCGAUCCAUGAGUUGUUCCACAAGGGCAUGAUUACAGGCAAAUACUCCUUGCGAUCGGAAGGAUACGACCUACCAAAUCCAUCUGCAUGCGAGAGAAGUCUCAUCGCAAUUGCUGACAAUGCUCAAGGCAUCAGCGGUCGUACUCUUCGAAAGAUACCCUUCUUGGCCUUGAUGAAGUACUGCGCUGGAGCUCAGCAGGUCACCCUUGACAACUAUCUCAACGCGGUCGAGAAAGCCAUCGAGAGCGACAAAGUUGAGAGGAAGCACCUUUCUGACGAAAACAUAAAGAUGGAAGCGUAA